UUAAAUAUUUAUUCAGUAUAUAAGGCAGUACCAAAAAAAUAAAACAGAAUAUACAUAUCACUUCAUUCCUUAGAUAUUAAUGACUAUAAAAGUUGUCUAUGUACAGAAAAAUAAAAUCAACACUUAAAUAUACAGAAUGUCACAACCAAGACGUUUUGGGAGAGCUACUAGAGAGGCUUAAAGCAUAGAAAACGUUAGCUGGGCAUUUUGUAUAUGACUUUAUAAAUAAAAAUUUGAUAAUAUACACAUUCAACUCGAUUACGUUAUCAAAACAUUAACAGAUUAACUAUAUUAAUAAUCACUUGUAUAUCUUUAUUUAUUUUCUGUUUACGAUAAUUUUAUAAUCUAGCUAUUAUUUGUAUAGUAGUUGCUUAACUUUUUUUUAUUAAUAAUGCAAAAUACUCCAAAUAUUUCAUAAUAUUGUCUGCGCAGAUGAUGAGAUGUUCAAAAAGUUGGCAUUCAGGGAACCCUUACUGAUUAGCGAACUGGAUUACCCUUCUGAUACUGUGGAACCGAAGGCGGUCGGGGGCCUAUGUCUGGACAUACAGGUUGUGGAGGGGCACUUACCUGAGACAAGGUACCUUCCGACGGACGCCGAGCUGGACAUUCAGGUGUUCCAAACCCUGCAGAGGAUAAAAGCGGGUAGGAAUUGCAAGGUCUAUCCACGUUUCGCAAAAUUUAUAAAAUUAAUCACGCGAUCUGCUGUAUUAUUUUCUACGUGAUAGUUAACGUUUAUAUUGCAUUGCAAAGCGUGAGGAUUGGACGCUAAUUUUUGUUGUUAAAUAUUUAUCGGCCCCCGAAAAGACAAACAUUUUUUUCAGCAACCGAAGGGAAGCCCGCAGAAAUGAGCAAUAUAGAAAAAGAUGUCCAUGAUAAGUUGAAGGAGUACGAGAACUUCCUGAAGGAAGAGAUGCGUAACAACGUGAAAAAAUUCCUUGUUCACUUUUCCUCCCAGUUCGACGUGGAGGGUUGUAAUGCAGGUUCUAACAUCACCGCGUGGGUGGAUAGGUACCUUCACACUCUGGAAGAAAAACGUGAAGAGUUUUUACUUCAAACUAAUGGCGACAUUAACGAGAAAACCAUCUAUGCGGCCAUACAGAACCAGAAGUACUACAUGCGUCACACCAGCGUCCUCGAAAAUUUAGAAAUCAGGAAGUACUAUCCGUUUUUCGUAACCAAAAACUUGGUAUUAGAGGGUGCGAGCUUUAUUCUCAUGCGAUAUCUGGCCAUUACACAGUUCGCGGGCACCAUCGAGUUAUCCACGAUGUACAUUAAUGGAGAAAUGUGUAGAAAUAUUUAUGAGUGCAUCGGACCUAAACCGGGCGAAGUUAACGGAAAAAAAAUCGACGUCUGCAAGAUCUACAGAUACGUCAUCGAGGAAUGCGGCAUAGAACACAAUAGCGUCACGGUCCUCACUACGUACGGGCGGAUUAUAACGCAGGAAUGGGAAGGGUGUAAUUACAUACUAAACAUGAACCCGUUGCAGUACGUGGGCGAAGAAGAGCCGCCAUCGUACGACAGGCUAGUUAUGUCGAAAAUUUGGAUGGACGACAUGCAGUUGAUGUCCAAAUAUCUGGAUUGCAAGACGACCGCCGAACGGGAAAUGAAAACCUACAUGGCCGACCACCCUGAGAUCAAGGAGCUGAUCGCCGACUUCGUCCAGAACGUCCUGCUGCUCAAACCGGAGAACAUACUGCUGUUCACGAAGGACUACUUCCAAAACUUGUACCCCUGUCAGACGCCGCGUAUCCCCUACUGCGAAAACGACAGGGGCAAAAGUAACGAGGACGUCGAAUACUGA